AUGUGUGGAAUUUUUGCUUGCCAUCGUCACCCCGACGUCCAAAAAUUUAAGCCUACGGCUCUGAAGCUCGCUAAGCAGAUCCGCCAUCGUGGCCCCGACUGGAGCGGAAACGUCAUCUCUAACAACACCAUCCUCUGCCAUGAGCGUCUCAGCAUUGUCGGUGUUGAAUCCGGUGCUCAGCCCCUGACCAAUGCCGACGACUCCAUAAUCCUCGCCGUCAACGGUGAGAUCUACAACCACCGUCUGAUUCGCAAGGCUCUCAAGAACGAGUACCACUUCAAGACGCACUCCGACUGCGAAGUCAUCAUCCCCCUGAAAUCGCUGUCUAACAAUGCUGAAAAGUACACCGAGUAUGACAUCGACGCCCCUAGCCACCUCGACGGCAUGUUCUCAUUUGUCCUGUACGACAAGAAGCAGGACCGCACCAUUGCCGCUCGUGACCCGAUCGGCAUCACUACCUUCUACCAGGGAUGGUCGUGGAAGGAGCCGGGCACCGUGUACUUUGCCUCGGAGCUCAAGUGCCUGCACCCUGUGUGCGACAAGAUUGUGGCUUUCCCCCCCGGCCACGUCUACGACUCCAAGACUGGCCAGACGACUCGCUACUUCAACCCCAAGUGGUGGGACCCCAAGAACGUCCCCUCGACGCCCGUCGACUACAGGGUGCUCCGCCAUGCCUUGGAGAAGUCUGUGAGGAAGCGCCUCAUGGCCGAAGUCCCCUUCGGUGUCCUCCUCUCGGGUGGUCUCGACUCGAGUCUGGUCGCGUCCAUUGCCCAGCGUGAGAUCCUCCGCCUCCAGAAGAAGGCCCUGGAGAACGGGGUUGCCGUCCCCAUCACCUCCGAGACUAGCGGUGACGCUGACCGUGGCGAGGGCCUUGUCGGCAUCGACGACAACGACAACCUGUCGACCGAGACCUUCCUGCCUCAGCUCAACAGUUUCUCCAUCGGCCUGCCUGGGUCGCCCGACAACGAGGCUGCCAUCAAGGUUGCCAAGUUCCUGGGCACGCGCCACCACGCCAUGACUUUCACCAUCGAGGACGGCCUCAACGCCCUCUCCGACGUCAUCUACCACCUCGAGUCGUACGACGUGACGACGAUCCGUGCCUCGACGCCCAUGUUCCUCCUGUCGCGCAAGAUCAAGGCCAUGGGCAUCAAGAUGGUUCUGAGUGGCGAGGGCAGCGACGAGACCUUUGGUGGCUACCUGUACUUCCACGCCGCCCCCGACAGGGAGUCGUUCCAUGAGGAGACGGUCCGCCGCAUCAAGAAUCUCCACUACGCCGACUGCCUGCGCGCCAACAAGUCGACGGCAGCCUGGGGUCUCGAGGCCCGUGUUCCCUUCCUCGACAAGGAGUUCCUCGAGACGGCCAUGAACAUCGACCCCACCGACAAGAUGAUCACCGAGGGCAAGAUCGAGAAGUACAUUGUCCGUAAGGCCUUCGACACGACCGAUGAGCCCGAGACGGCGCCGUACCUGCCCGACGAGAUUCUCUGGCGCCAGAAGGAGCAGUUCUCGGAUGGUGUCGGCUACGGAUGGAUCGAUGCUCUCAAGGACAACGCCGAGUUGCACAUCACCGACGACAUGAUGAAGAACCCUAAGCCUGAGUGGGGCACCGAUGUCCCCGACACCAAGGAGGCGUAUGUAUUGCCUGACUACCACUCAAGAUGGGAGCGCAGUGAAACUGACUCUUCUUCUCCCCUCAGAUACUGGUACCGUCUCAUGUUUGACGAGCACUUCCCCCCUCGUUGCGCCUCUACCGUCCAGCGCUGGGCCCCUACGUGGUCCAAGCAGACGGACCCCAGCGGCCGUGCCAUCUCCAUUCACAACCAAAAAUACGACAGCUCUGAGUAA